UAGCUUAUAAACCACGAAGUUAUUUAUAUUGAAGGUCAUAAAAACCUAUUGGGGGGUCAUCUAUAAAGGAGCCCUAAAGUUUUAUUUGCAGUUAUUUAAUCUAUUAAAUGAACCUAGCUCAAUGAGGAAAUCCAGGCUGAAGUAAAGAAAAGGUAAGGAUUAUAAAUAUUUCCAGACAGUUUAUUAUCUCCUAUGAAAAAUUAUGUUGUUUUCUAAUGACCUUGAUGAUUUUCAUGAAUUCAACAAUUCAUUUUUUUUUAACCAGAAGGAUGUUUCAUUCAUCUUUUGUAUAGCACUAUACUGGGGAUACAAAAUAUGACAUGUUUAAUAUCAGGAAGUUCAUUGUUUCAUUCAAAAAUAUUAAAUAUUAGGAACUGAACACACAGAGAUAAAAAACUCUUUCUUCUGAUUUCUCAUUCAUUCAUCUGUUUGCUAUAACGAGCACACAUAUCUUCUUUUAAUGGACUUGCACACCACAGCCAUGUAUCACAAACUUGAUAUAAGGUAUAAGUCCAUGACCAAGGCACAUAUGAUUGAAUACAAUAAAGUCAAGGGUAGAGCAUUGGAAUUGUUAAUUUAGGUCCCUCAGCGGUCCCUGUGAGAUUCCAUGAAAGCUCAGAAGGUACAUAAUUUAGCUUUGACAUGGAAUGGCAGAGGAAGUAGAGCCGAAGAGACUUCCAAAGGAGGUAACCCAUCAGUCAAUCUUUGAAUGAUGAAUAAUGAGGCAAAGACUUAUGAGGUGGAUGGGAGGUGGGGCAAGAUAACUUUGUCAGAUGUACGUUUUCUAGUUCUGAGCUGACAAUACCACCAGGCUUCCUUAACACCACAGCUGGGAGUAAAUCUCAGAGGAUUGCAUCCUUUUCUUACAUCAUUUUAUGCAUUAACAGGAAAACAGUCUCAUCUGUGAUGCUGGGGACACCCUACAACCACACAACGGAAACCCCUGCCACCUUCUUCCUUGUGGGUAUCCCAGGUUUGCAAUCUUCACAUCUUUGGCUGGCUAUCUCGAUGAGUGCCAUGUAUAUCAUAGCCCUGUUAGGAAACACCCUCAUCUUGACCAUAAUCUGGAUGGAUUCCACUCUACAAGAGCCCAUGUUCUGCUUCCUCUGUGUUCUGGCUGCUGUGGACAUUGUUAUGGCAUCCUCUGUGGUGCCCAAGAUGGUGAGCAUCUUCUCCUCAGGAGGCAGCUCCAUCAGCUUCAAUGCUUGUUUCACUCAGAUGUAUUUUAUCCAUGUAACCACAGCUAUAGAGACAGGGCUGCUGCUGGUCAUGGCUUUUGACCGCUAUAUAGCCAUCUGUAAGCCUCUACACUACAAGAGUAUUCUCACGCCUCAAGUGAUGCUGGGAAUGAGUAUGACCAUCACCAUCAGAGCUGUCAUAUUCAUGACUCCAUUAAGUUAUAUGGUGAGUCAUCUACCUUUCUGUGGCUCCAACAUGGUUCUCCAUUCCUAUUGUGAGCACAUGGCUGUGGCCAAGUUAGCAUGCACAGACACCACGUCCAGUAGCCUUUAUAGUCUAAUUGGUUCUUCCAUUAUCGUGGGCUCCGAUGUGGCCUUCAUUGCUGCUUCUUAUACCCUGAUUCUCCAGGCAGUCUUCAAUCUCUCCUCAAAGAAUGCUCAGGUGAAAGCAUUAAGCACGUGUGGCUCCCACGCGGUGGUUAUGGCUCUGUACUACCUACCUGGGAUGGCAUCCAUCUAUGUGGCCUGGCUAGGGCAGGACAUAGUGCCUUUGCACACCCAAGUGCUGCUAGCUGACUUAUAUGUGGUCAUCCCACCUGCUUUAAACCCCAUUAUCUAUGGUCUGAGGACCAAACAAAUACGGGAGCAAAUAUGGAGUUUGCUGAUGCAUUGUCUCUUCGACCACUGCAAUCUGAGUUCAUGAACACAGUCUAUUCAGGUCUUGAGCAUUCUAGCCUACUUCAAAUAUGUCUUAGAGAUCUGAGGAGAUGGUUUGGUUCAUCUGGUGCCAUAGGAGUUCUAAGAUGAAACUGUAAAGAAUAUCCUUGUGUAACUUUUCAAUUUCUAGCAAGAAUGUGAAUAAAACGGUUACUUUUUUUGACAACAUGUUUAAUGGUUUCAAUCAACUGGUAUCUGAAUUAGAGACAAAUUUGGGCAGAAAAAUAGAUUUGGGGUUUUUCUUUCCUUAGCUUCUGACCCAUAUUUCCAACUUAAUAUCCUACCAGUACCUCUGCAAAAGAAGCCAACUGUUUGGCCUCCCCACACCUGGCUAAUUUGAUCAGAAUUGUUCAUUUCCUCAUGUGAUUAUAUGGAAGCAGCUAUUAAUAUGACUCUGUCUUCUGGCCCAUUGAUGAAUCCAUUCAACUUGGGCCAUGUGCCCACCCCUGGUCUAGAGUCCUACUCCAAUAAAAAUGGAUUCCAAUUUAUCUCAGAUGUAAUCUUGGGAUCCCUGAUGGUGGCCAUUUUUCUAACACAUGAACUUGGAAAGAAAAAUCUGUUCCAUAGCAGAAGCAGAAGAUCUAUAAGAUGGGAUGAAGAAAUUGAGUCUCUGGUUCUCUGGUUUCAAUUCAUUUUGGAUACUUGAAUAUACCUUUAUAAUUAAGUUCUGUAAGAUGCUGCUAUAUCAUUUUACCAUAUCCCCAUUGUUAAGCUAGUUGGAGCCAGCUUAACAUAAUCAUAAGCUUUUUAUUUUUAAGCAACAGAGGCCAAGGCAAUGUGAGUUCUGUUUUGGACAUCUUUCACUUUCUUCCUAGUCCUGCUUGUGUAACUUAACUGUAGACACAAAGGAGAGGAAUCAAAUAUAAAAGGUCUUUCUUCUUUUGAACACCUCUCAGGAGGUGUGCUCUGGGAUGAAAAGGUUAAUAGAAAACAAUAGCACUAUUAAUAAUGAAGCUGAAAUGACACUACUCUUCUCCAGCUCAGCAGGUACUUGUUUUUAUAUUUUACCUUUUCAGAAAGUCUUAAAGUGAAUGAUCAGUAUAAGCUAAAAAAAAAAGUUUCAUAUGUAGGAGUACAUAUAUUUAAC